CGGUACCAUUACGGGCCAUGGUGGCCAUAGCGUACCGUUAUAAAGGGUUCAAUAAUACUUGGUAUCUUUAGGUAAAAUACAAUCUCUUUUCCAACAUCCCAACCGAUUCCGAUUCCCUGAAAACCCAAACCCACUCGGGUCGCCAUCCCUUGAUUCCCUCGAUGAUUUUGACCUUUCCUAUUGUAUUGCAACAAACUCUCUUUUCGCAUUUGUAUUAAUCUACCUAUUAUCUAGCACUCCAAUUCUUAAGAUGGAUAGUAUUUCUUUGGACUCGGUAGCCCUUGAGCAGCUCCACGGCGAACAGAAAGCUCUCCUCGAUGCCAUCGAUGACCUUCGUAAGCAUGGCAUUGGUCGCUUCGUUGAUCUCCCCCAGAUAAUUGUUGUUGGGGACCAGUCUUCAGGGAAAAGUUCCGUUCUUGAAGCUAUCUCCAGAGUACGCUUCCCUGUUAAAGACGGGCUAUGUACGAGGUUUGCAACAGAACUUGUUCUUCGUACUGACAGUCACAUCAAAGUUGAUGUGCGCAUUCUGCCACAGUCAGCUCCCAAUAAGGCUACAUAUAAAUUCGAUGAGAGAUCUUUCAAGAAAGCAGACCUACCUCGCAUUGUGGAAGAGGCCAAGAAACAGAUGCUCGAAGGCGAUGCUGGCUUCUCCGAAGACGUUCUUAGAAUCGAGAUCACCAGCCCCGAUGUUCCACACCUGACAAUGGUUGACCUCCCCGGCUUUUAUCACUCGGAGGAUGAGAAUCAGUCUGCUGCAGGUCGAAUCAUUGUGGAUCGCUUGGCGGAGCGAUAUAUGGCUCGCAAGAACAGCAUUAUUCUCGCCGUCAUCUCCGCGCGCAAUCAGGUCAUAUUGCAGAAGGUGUUAUCCAAAGUCAAGCAUCACGACAAGCACAAGGAGCGAACCAUCGGAAUUAUCACGAAACCAGAUAUUCUUACACCUGGUACUCAAGAUGAAGCGAAUUUUAUCAGGCUGGCUAAAAAUCUUGAUAGGUCGCACGAGUUGUCAUUAGGAUGGCACGUUCUCCGUAACAGAGGCGAAAUGGAAACCUCGAGCACCGAUGAGGAGAGAGACGAGAAAGAGACCAAGUUUUUCGAGGAUACCCUUUGGUCUAGUGUACCUUCAAAGAACCGAGGUGUAGCGGCUCUUCGAAAGAAGCUUAGCGGUAUUCUUCUACAGCAUAUCAAGAAUAAUCUGCAGGGCCUGAUCGAGAGUAUCGAAGACAACAUCAACAGCCGCAAGGCUCAACUGGAGCGUUUAGGAGAUCCAAGGUCAACUCCGAGGGAACUAAGGACACACUUGGACAAAAUCGCCUCACAGUUCCACAUUUUGUGUUUACAUGCAGUGGAAGGGAAUUAUGUAGAUGAGUUCUUUGGCGGCCUGUAUCCUGGAACCGAUGCAACGGCUAUUGAUGACAAUAGGGUUAGAAAGCUUCGGGCAUUCGUGCGUGAUCUAAAUCGGGCAUUCGCCUACGUGUUAGAAACCAAGGGCUCGAGGCGCAUCAUUCUCCCUAAGAGCCCCAACAAUGGUGAUAAUACACGCCUAUUCGGUAGUUCGACCUUAGAGGGACAAUCUGGAAGACUCGCGGAAAAGUUAACAUUGCCGACGUUCCUUCUUCCAUUAGUCAAUCAGUAUAAGUUCAAGGACCCCGAAAAGGUCACAUUCGAACAAAUCACUUCUGAACUAGAGUCGCUGUCGUCGGCUAACCAGGGAACUGAGUUCCCCGGUACCUCAAACGACCGCUUAGCUGUGAAGCUUUUUCAAGACCAGUCUCAACCCUGGGAAGAAAUUGCACGCUGUCACAUACGACUUAUUUUAGACAUAACCAAGGCAUUCGUCGAGAAACUCGUAGGUUAUCUCGUUAAUCCGGACAAAAGGACCUGCUCGGCGAUUCUUACUGAGGUGGUAGACCCAUUCUUUGAAGAAAAGUCCUCCGCUCUUGAAUAUAAACUCCAGGAGCUUCUUCGUCACUACAAGAGCGGCUACCCUCAACCACUCGAUGCAGAGUUUAGAGCUCUUCUUACGCAAAAGCGCCAGAAAAACAUCGGAGUCGACGUCAUUCGAGAUUUGAUAGCAAGUCGACCUGAAUUUUUCACAGAAGAAGCCCACAAGGAACUUAUGAAAGCAACACAGUCUAAAACAACGACAGAAUUUGGAGUGGACAGCUUGAUUGAUAAAUGUGAAACUUAUUAUGAGAUGUCGCUUCGGACCUUCGUCGAUAACGUAAUUAUUUUAGCUGUUGAGAACUGCCUUAUCCGAGAUCUUCCUUCUAUAUUUACUACAACCAGAGUAAAUAAAAUGGAGGACGAUGAACUUGAGAGACUCGCGUCGGAGUCACCAGAAGUUCAAACCGAGCGCAAGGAAUUACGGGCAGAGUAUGAAGCUCUCAAGAAAGGAUUGCAGAUUUGCAACAAAUUCAAGGAGCGGAAAGCAAUGCCCGUCCCUUCGAUACUUGUUGAGCCAGAAGUGCCUGAAAGGAACCCAGGCGCUCCAGGGACGUCCACAAAGGCUACUGUCAUACCAAAAAAAUUCCUCCGUACCUUCGAUAAUACCUGACCCACCAAAGCCAGGGAAGACAUUUAGUGGCUUCAAUUCUGUCGACAAGGGACCUCACAGCGCCCCCUCGCCAUUUGGGACCGGGGGGGGCCUCUUUGGGUCUGCGGGUUACUCACAGAACACAUCCACCACUCCAUUAUUAGGGAACCCACCUUUCCCCUUUCUUAAAACAUCAUCUGAGACUACGAAGCAAGAACCACUUGCUCCUCAAAUAUC